AGACCGCAUCUUGUUUUAUGCGUCUUGGUAACGUCGCUGUUUCUUUCACGCCCGCGCCCUGUUUAUCUAUCUUUACUUCAGAUGGAGGGAAAGGAAAGAGACCCGGAGGCAGAGACGGUGGACAUCGGCAGUCCACUGCCAUGCCCUAACACUGUGACUAUUCGUAGAAACCCUUAUCGGAGAGCUCGUGCCACUCCUAUCAACGCCCCACAAUGCUAUAAUUCAUCCAUUUCGAAGUUACGGGAAGUUCCGCCAUUCCCUCAUGAAGAAAUUUUGUCCGCGCAAAAUCUGGAUAAUGCUCCGUCGCAACUGUCGUCUACGUCUCAUGGAAAAUCAGGCAGCGAAAACAUCAAAGUUUUCCUUAGAAUUCGACCUCUCCUGAACCCCAAGGGUCCUGGAAAAGUAGGCUCUCUUGCUGAUAAGAAUCAGCGGUUAAGAGCUAAGAAUGCGUGGCCUCAGAACUCAACCAAAAAGACUAUAUUCGGACGGGAAAAGAAUGUCAAGAAGAGCUCCAUAGUUUGUAUAAUGGUUAAUGACUCUCAUUCAGUGACACUAUCAACCCCUAUAGAUUUGCAAGAGUCUAAGAAAAUUAAAUCUGAGACUUACGGAGGUUUCUCUCAUGUUUUUCCUACCGAUUCAUCUCAGCUUGCAGUGUAUGAGAGAAUGGUGAAACCUAUGGUGGAUGACUUCCUUAGCGGUAAAAGCGGAAUGUUGGCUGCACUGGGGCCCAGUGGCUCAGGCAAAUCUCAUACUGUUUUUGGGUGUCCAAGGGAGCCUGGAAUGGUACCUCUUGCCCUUCAACACAUUUUCAAGGAGACUGAGACGAGGGCCAAUCAGGCAUUGAGUGGCAGGUCCUUUUACAUAUCAAUAUUUGAGAUUUAUUCUGAACGAGGUAAAGCAGAGAAGCUGUUUGAUUUAUUGCGAGAUGGUUGUGAGCUAAGCAUGCAACAAUCAACUGUAAAAGGCCUGCAAGAGGUUCUCAUCUCUAGUGCCGGACAGGCAGAAUCCUUAAUAGCACAAGCAGUGCUAAAACGUGCCACUGCAAUGACAAACACUAACAGUCAAUCAAGCCGAUCACAAUGCAUAAUUAACUUUUGCCAAAAGUGUGAAGGGGCGGUCAGCACGCCAUCAAAUAGUGCUGUUUUGACUAUUAUUGACCUUGCUGGAGCAGAAAGAGAAAAGAAAACAGGGAAUCAGGGGACAAGAUUGCUUGAAAGCAAUUUCAUCAACAACACUUUAAUGGUGUUUGGCUUGUGCUUAAGAUCCUUACUGGAGCACCAAAAAAAUCCUAAGAAGCCACUGCAAAAGCACUUCCAAAACUCAUUGUUAACUAGGUUCCUUCGAGAUUAUUUGGAAGGCAAGAAGCGCAUGGCCCUGCUUUUAACAGCAAAGCCAGGAGAAGAAGAUUAUCUUGACACAUCUUACCUACUAAGACAAGCUUCCCCUUUCAUGAAAAUCAAGUAUAAUGAAAUUGAACAAUCAAAUAUUGUUCCUGGCAAAAGGCAGUACCAAGUAUCAUCUACAGUUGAGCAAGCAAAACCAUCAUCUACUUUAGGGCAAGCAAAGCGAAUGAGACUUAUCAGCAGUGAAGAUAGUCAUGAAGAGGAGCGCAAUGUCAAAGAAUUGCACGUUUCGAAGGGAGAUGCUCCAAGAGUUUGCAAAUCAGAAGCUAAUUGUUGUCCCUCAAAGUCAGAGUGUGAUAGCCAGGCUCAGAGUGAUAGAAGCCACAUUAUUAUGCAGAAUUUUGCUAAAGCUUUAUGGAAUAUUUUGAAGCAAUAUAAUGCCAAGCUAAAGGUUGCAGAAAUGGAAAUACUAAGUCUCAGAGCAAGUGUUGGGCAUGAAAAGGAAAAAUAUCAAGAGCUGGAAACAGAGAUGAAUGAGUUCAAGGCCUUCUGUACUUGCCGCAGAGGGAGCAAAGGAUGCAAUAUUUAUAAUCAGGAGACACUUGAUGCUCAGGCAUCAUCUGUGCCUACACUUGGUACUUCCUGCACGCUUUUGAAUGCUGAAAAACCAGACAGGGAAGUUGAGGUCUGCUCAUCAAGACCAAGUUAUCAUAAUGCUUUGGAGGUUGAGGGGGAAAGGGAUAUAGUAACUGAGUUCAACGAUUCUUUAUCAUUGCCCAACGUUGAAAAGUUGGGCCCUUCAUCACCCAUGAAUGUCUCAUCUGCCAAAGCAUAUGACAAUGCUGGUUAUCAACCUGAUUACAGAGAUCCUUCUGACCAAUCUGAUGAUAAAUUAAUCCUUCUGAAUUGUCAGGAAACAUUUGAUGCAGAAGCAUCAUCUGAGCCUAGACUUGAUCAUUCGUAUGGUGAGUCUCUACCUGGUACUUCAUGCACACCGUUGGACGUCGAAAAAUCAAAUAGGAAAGGUUCGGCCGACUCAUCAAAACCGGGGAAGCUUAAUGCUUUGGCGGUAGAGAGGAAGACACUGACUGAGUUUAACAACUCACCACUGCCUACUGAUGAAACGCUGGAACCUUCGUCACCUAAAGCUGUCUCGUCUACUAAAGGAUGUGACCAGUUGGGUAGUGGACAUUCCGAGAGAAGGUUCAAUAACUCCUGCAACCCUCAGAAGCCAAAGAGGAGACUUAUGCCUUCCACGUCCGUGUUAUUAAGGGAUUUGAGUAACGUCGAUCUUGUAGACGAGACAACGGCAUCGAAGGGUAGAAAAGGCACGCGGAAGUCAGCUGUAGAUGAUGUAAAACGAACAGAUGGCAGCAUCUCUCUUAUCCGAAUGCUUAAGAGCAAUCUUCAUCUCUAGUUGACCUUGAUCUUGCCUAAAGUCUAAACUUUUGUUUUUGGCUAAUGUGCAGUCUGAGCUCCAUACUUUACAUAUUCACUGAUGUUUUGUGUACUCUGCCACAGGCUUAGCGGAAGACAUACAUGUAAACCGUUGGUUAUGAUUUAUUGGUUUUAUUCCCACAUUUGUUUCGCGAGUAUAGGGACAGAAUUUCCUAUGGGCUUGAAGCCUUUUUUCCUUUCCUUUUUUUUCAAGAAAAGUAAAAGGGGGAUUUUUCUGGGGUUAGAAGU